GCCCGGCUGCGCCUCGGUCAUGUGACCCGACAUGCGCCGGCAGCAGCUGCAGCUGCAGAUCUCGCGGGAUCCGGCGGGAGGACAAGUUGAGGGAACAUGGCGACGUCUCAUCUCUUAAAGAAUAAAGGUUCCCUUCAGUUUGAAGACAAAUGGGAUUUCAUGAGACCGAUAGUUCUGAAACUUUUACGCCAGGAGUCCGUCACAAAGCAGCAGUGGUUCGAUCUGUUCUCGGACGUACACGCAGUUUGCCUAUGGGAUGACAAGGGUCCAGCAAAAAUCCAUCAGGCUCUAAAAGAGGACAUUCUAGAUUUUAUCAAGCAAGCCCAAGCUAGAGUUUUGAGUCAUCAGGAUGACACUGCUUUGCUUAAAGCUUAUAUCGCAGAAUGGCGCAAGUUCUUCACCCAGUGCGACAUCCUACCCAAACCCUUCUGUCAACUAGAAAUCACUUUAAUGGGGAAACAAGGCAGUAACAAGAAAUCAAAUGUAGAAGACAGUAUUGUCAGGAAGCUAAUGCUGGAUACUUGGAAUGAGUCUAUAUUUUCAAAUAUAAAAAAUCGACUUCAGGACAGUGCAAUGAAACUGGUCCACGCCGAGAGGUUAGGGGAAGCUUUCGACUCCCAGCUAGUAAUUGGUGUUAGAGAAUCCUACGUUAACCUUUGUUCGAAUCCCGAAGACAAACUCCAGAUCUACCGGGAUAAUUUUGAAAAAGCUUAUUUGGAUUCAACAGAGAGGUUUUACCGUACCCAAGCCCCAUCCUACCUGCAGCAAAACGGCGUACAGAAUUACAUGAAAUACGCAGAUGCUAAACUAAGGGAAGAGGAUAAGCGAGCCCAGCGGUAUUUAGAGACAAGGCGGGAGUGCAACUCUGUGCAGGCGCUGAUGGAGUGCUGCGUGAAUGCCCUUGUGACCUCCUUCAAAGAGACUAUUUUAGCUGAGUGCCAAGGAAUGAUCAAGCGCAAUGAGACGGAUAAGUUGCACUUAAUGUUUUCCCUCAUGGAUAAAGUUCCAAAUGGAAUUGAGCCAAUGUUAAAAGAUCUGGAAGAGCACAUUGUUAGCGCCGGAUUAGCUGACAUGGUGGCAGCUGCAGAAACCAUUACUACUGACUCAGAGAAGUACGUAGAGCAAUUACUGACAUUAUUUAAUAGAUUUAGCAAACUAGUCAAAGAAGCGUUUCAGGAUGAUCCACGUUUUCUUACUGCUCGGGACAAGGCAUAUAAAGCGGUUGUAAAUGAUGCUACAAUAUUUAAACUCGAGUUACCACUGAAGCAGAAAGGGGUGGGACUGAAAACACAACCGGAAUCAAAGUGCCCGGAAUUAUUAGCUAAUUACUGUGAUAUGUUGUUGAGGAAAACGCCCCUCAGUAAAAAACUGACUUCAGAAGAAAUUGAGGCAAAGCUCAAGGAAGUGCUGCUGGUGCUCAAGUAUGUACAGAACAAAGAUGUCUUCAUGCGGUACCACAAAGCUCACCUUACCAGGCGUCUCAUCCUGGACAUCUCCGCCGACAGUGAGAUUGAAGAGAACAUGGUGGAGUGGCUCAGGGAAGUGGGGAUGCCUGCGGAUUACGUGAAUAAACUGGCCCGAAUGUUCCAGGAUAUUAAAGUGUCUGAAGAUUUAAACCAGGCUUUCAAAGAAAUGCAUAAAAACAAUAGGCUUGCACUUCCAGCUGAUUCUGUGAAUAUUAAGAUUUUAAAUGCUGGUGCUUGGUCACGGAGCUCAGAAAAGGUCUUUGUGUCCCUCCCCACUGAGCUGGAAGAUCUCAUCCCUGAGGUGGAGGAGUUCUACAAGAAGAAUCACAGUGGCAGGAAACUGCAUUGGCACCAUCUGAUGUCUAACGGCAUUAUAACAUUUAAGAAUGAGGUGGGUCAGUAUGACCUGGAGGUGACCACGUUUCAGCUGGCGGUUUUGUUUGCCUGGAACCAGAGACCUAAAGAGAAAAUAAGUUUUGAAAAUCUCAAAUUAGCAACAGAGUUACCUGACGCGGAGCUGAGGAGGACCCUGUGGUCUCUAGUAGCUUUUCCAAAACUGAAACGACAAGUUUUAUCAUACGAGCCAUCAGUAAACUCCCCGAAAGACUUUACAGAGGGAACCUUGUUUUCUGUGAACCAGGAGUUCAGUUUAAUAAAAAAUGCAAAAGUCCAAAAAAGAGGAAAAAUCAAUCUGAUAGGACGUUUACAGCUGACCACCGAGAGGAUGAGGGAGGAGGAAAACGAGGGCAUCGUGCAGCUGCGGAUACUGAGGACACAGGAGGCUAUUAUCCAAAUCAUGAAGAUGAGGAAGAAAAUCACUAACGCUCAGCUCCAAACCGAACUUGUAGAAAUUUUGAAAAAUAUGUUCUUGCCGCAGAAAAAAAUGAUCAAGGAACAAAUUGAAUGGCUCAUUGAACACAAGUACAUCCGAAGAGACGAGUGCGACAUCAACACCUUCAUAUACAUGGCAUAACCUGGAGAGCCUGCCUGGGAAAGCUGGAUAACCCGAGUGCGCGAUGCAGGCCCUUUCCAAUAUUUAUGCUCAAAGCAAACUCUUGCUGGACUUUUGUGUCGCAUAAAUAUUACCUUUCCCCCUCCUGCCUUACCUUUCUGAAGGACAGAAAUAUAUUGCCAAUGUCAUUACUGCCAGCAUGACAGCAUUUUUCACAUCGUUUUACUAGCAUGCUGUUUUAAUGGAAAAAUCGUUUUGGAAGAACUCGUGAGCUUGUAGAUUUCGUUCGUUCCAACCAGAAAAUCUUAGGGUUUUUUUUUUGUUUGUGUUAAUAACAACAAGCAUUUGCCCCAGGGGAGGGUAAAUCACAAUUUUCUGCACUGAUACAUUGCUGUUACUGUUAGACUUUGUUUAUUAAAAGAAAAGAAGAAACACCAAAAAAAAAAAAAGACCCCACCUCCAAAAAUAGCACUUUCAUAUCUAAGUAUUGUGUUCAUUUAACUAAUGUUCGUUCCUGCACAACAUUUGUGAGUCUUUUAUGCAUAUCAUUAAUCUGAACAGGUUUUGUAUUAAUGAGUGGACAUGGGGACUCUUUAGCAGGGCUUUUACUGAUAAUAUAUUGAUUUUUAAAGGUGUGAUCAGUGGAUUUAAAGCAAGUAAGGGGCACAGAGCAGCGAACUCUAAAAACGAAAACCACAAAAAUGAAUCUUGACCCAUUCCAACGUGUCCUCUCCAAUACUCUCAUGCCAGGGGGUUGUGAGAGUAAUAAUAUUGGGUAAACAAAUGAUACAAGUUGAUCAAUGAACAGAUAUUCCCACACCUACAGAUAAAAUGUGCACAUAAUUUUUGUGAGGUGUAUUAAGGCAGGAUUAUUGAAAUGUAAGUAUUCGCAAAAAAAACAAAAAAAAAAAAACCAACAACUAAAUGAACAUAAUUGGGUAAGUGGCACUUUUACCUUCUUAUAGGAUUUUCUCACCUUCCUAUGUUGGAGAUUGAGAGGGCAAUUCUGGAAGCAUUGAAAACAGUGGAGAAGUGAGCCAGUGGAGGAGUUGCCCAUGGCAACCAAUCAGCAUUAAAAUAACAUUUCUGAAGCGCAUUCUAUAAAAUUAUAGGUAGCAGCUGAUUGGUCGCCAUGGGCAACUUCUCCAUUGGCUCACUUCUCCACUCUUUUCACUGCUUCAUGAAUAGACCCCUUAAUUCUACAGUGGAGACUGCCAACAAAAAAAAAUACUGUAAUGUAGAUGAUGCAUUUGUAUAUACAUAUGUCUAGAUAUGUGCCUAUGUAUCUAGUUCUAUAUUUUGUGUAUUAAUCUUUACAGAUGCUCACGCGUAUGUGUGUGUCGAUCUCCUAUAUAUAUAUAUAUAUAUAUAUAUAUAUAUAUAUAUAUAUAUAUAACAUUUUGUACAUAUGUAUAUGUGUGUGUUUGUACAUACUCAGAAAUUUCGCAAAGCCAACACAAUCAUCUUUAGGAUGUAUAUCUAAAUAAAUGAAAAUAUGUACACCUGAUAUUUUUAUAUAGUUUUAAAUUUCAUUUUCACGUAAUUAAUUCUGAAAUUUCCCAUGGUUUUUAUCCAUGCAGGUGUCUUAAAGGUCUUUCUAUCCACACAUCAGCUGCAAGAAUGUUUUAUGUUGAAUGGCAUUUUUUUCCUAAAAAAAAUUAAUAAAAUAAAAUGCGAUGAUAGGAUUGCUUCUAUGUGGAUUUGCACAACUGCAUAGUACACAGGUGGACUGUAGUACACUACAGCAUUAUACAUUAUACAAGGUUGUUUACAAACAUUGCUCAAAAUAAAACCGCAAGUCUGCUUUAAAACCAUAGUAACCAGCAAGUAAUUCUAUUAAUCUGUCUAGUGCAGGUUAGACAAUGAAGGAAGAUAUCAGUAUGUACAGGUUGUGCUACUGACUUAAGCUCUAGAGCAGUGGUUUCCAAACUUUUUUGAAUCAGGGCGCCCUAGAAUAUCAGAAUUUAUUUCACGGCACCCCUAGGACAAAAAUUUCUUAUUGAGAAAUUUAGAAAGAAAUAUUACAUUAAGUAGAUCACGUUUAUAUGUCAUCCUUAGGGUCAGUUGUGUGGUGAGGGACAAGAUUUACUUCUGUUUGACCACAUAUUUUAUGACUGGCAGCCACCAGCACUGGUUUUGCCUAUUAUAUUGACCAUGAAUAAUUUGAAUUGAUCCUGGACCACCAACCCAGGGCACACCUGCAAGUGUCCCGAGGCACCUCCGGGAGCCACGGCACACAGUUUGGGUACAUCUGCUCUAGAGCAUUGUUUGAAUAUUCUUCAGUGGUUGUUAUUAAUGCUCUCCCUCCUACUUCAACUCCACCCCCCUCACCCCCCCCCCCCCCCCCCCCCCCUCCUUAUUACUCUGAGCCAAAAAUUUUAAAAAGCAUUUACGAGGAGCAUUCAGAUAUACAUUGAGUGGCUAGUAUUGACACUGAACACCGGUACAUUCGAGAAUUAAAUGGUGUGAUAUAUUUAUUAUACCACAUAAUUCUGCAUACAAUAUACCGGUGUUUGAAUUUUACUGAAUCCAUCAGAUAAACACACAAAAAAAAGUCUGUGUAUCUUGUGCGUCCUAUUUUCCCCACUGUCUGGUGAUGCAGAGCUCCAUAGCAUCUUACAUAUCAACGAUGAUAGUUAUACGGCAAUUGUUGAUUCACAGCUACAUAAACAUAUGUUUUCGAUCGUAUUUCCAGAUUAUUAAAACAGCCAAUGAAUUAAGAUUAUUUGAAGAAACCAGACACAUUCGAAUAAGUGCAUUUGUUUAUCAUUGUAUUUAAGGGGCAAGAUUGUUCUAUAUAUGGAUGUACCACAUGUUGGUGCCUAAUCUGUCAAGCCAUAGUGUUUCACACAGUGAUGUAUAUGUGUGUACAGACUAUAUCUAAACUACACACUUUUGUAUUAGCACUGUAUCUAAUUAAAACGGCCUCUGGAAAAACAAGGUUUCUAAACACCAUUGCGUUCCCAAUAUACAGUUAAAAUGCUGGCUGCAAAAAAAAAUUGUGCUCUAGGUUAUGUUGAGUUGAAGGUAUCGGAACGAUGUGUGUAACUCAACACCGUGUAUUACUAAGGCAACCUCAUAAAUACAAGCUUUAAGAAUUGUCUUUAUACUAUAUGCACCAGACCACAUCAUCUGCGUGAUGACUGGUGUUUUAGAGUGUAUUAAUAUAAAAUAAAAUUUCAUUGAAAUUCAUUCUAUAAGAUUGUAGCUUAUGUGGCACUUUAUUUUGGUGUCUCCGGUAGAAGGCCCCUCCAUCACGCUUCUGAUUUUAAUUAUUUCUUCAACACAAUUAUGGGCUCAUACUCUCCCGUUAGAAAUUAAAUUUACUUCCAUGAAUUUCAGGGUAAAACUCACAUUGCUGAAUUAGUUUGUGGUCACGGCAAUUCAUAUUUAAUGUCUCACAUUAAUAUCAAAUUAGUUUUUUGUCACCUGUGUGAUCAGUUCCACUUUUUACAUUUCUUAUAUAAAGGUGUCAAACAAUACUACCUGUCUGUCUGAAUGUUAAUGACUAGUGAAACAUUUACAGUAUUGUACCAUUGUGUUGAGCUUCUAAAAUAAAUCAACAUGGAAUUUGGUUUUUAAUGGCAAUUUCACUGUGAAUUUCAUUAUGAAAGUUAAUUUGAUUUGCCAUACAUACAUGUUGUAUACAUUGUCAUCGCAGAAUUGUCAAAACUUAGAGGGAGAUUUAACAAAGCUUUGAGAGAAAGUACAGUACCAACCAAUCCGCGCCUGGCAUUUUUCACAGAAUUAAAAUGACAAGCGGGUUGGUACUUUAUCUCUCUCCACUUUCUCUCCAAGCUUUGCUAAUUCUCCCCCUAAAUCAUAUUGACAAUACAAUUUCAUACAGGAAAGCUGUGCAAAUCUACAAAGCAUAUGAUGAUUCUUAUUUUUACUGUGAGUUGUAUUGUGUGUUUGCUUUUGAUUUUAUUUUUUAUGAACAAGUUAUGUAGCAGUUACCAGUUACUUUGAAACAAACGUUUUGCUCAAGAAAAAGUGAUUUGCCAAAUGUAGCUCAUUUCACCUGAAUAAUGGAGAAAGUAUCGUUUUCCUUCCCGCAGAAAUGUAUCACUGCUUAAAAAAGUUACUUUUGUGAACUAUAUCGUACACUUGAAUGCCUACGUUGAGUCCUGAUAAAUUUUCUUAUUGUGGAGAUGGGAACGCCAUACCUUAUUGUAAUGACUUAGACAUUGGUAGAAGGUAGAAGAUACUAAACUGGAAUAUAUUGGUUUGUUUAAAUCAGUAUAUUUCUUUACAGGAUACCCAGUAAUAGCAUUAUCUUAGAGCCUUACGCAGUAUAUACUGUGUAACAUGCUAUCCCUUUCUUUAUAUUUUCUUUUUUUCUGUGACAUUGGGGUAAAUUUACUAAGGUGGGAGGUUUUUUUUUUAGAACUGGUGAUGUUGCUCAUGGCAACAAAGCAGAUUCUACUUAACAUUUAUCUAGCUGCUUCUAGAAGAUAGAAUCUGAUUGGUUGCUAUAGGUAACAUCACCAGUUUUGUUUUGUUUUUAAACUCCCACCUUAGUAAAUUUACCCCGUUUUGUCUAAGGAAAUAUAAUUGAUUUUGGGCGCUGGGGUGCAUUUAAUGACCAGAAAGGGAUUUUAUAAAAAUUUUACCCUGUAUGCAUUGUUUUCAAAAUUACCAGUGAAACUUUUUGAAAUAUCUGCAACUGGAAAAUGCACUGUAUAUUUUAUUUCAGUGGAUAUAUAUAUAUAUAUAUAUAUAUAUAUAUAUAUAUAUAUAUAUAUACUCCCUUGAACCCAGCUCCAGCUGAGAGUAGUUGCUCGAUUGGUCUUCCGCUAUAUUUAUUUUCAGUCUGCACAUUUUUGAAAACUUGCAAAUCAUGCAUUCAUUUUACGAAUGACAUUUCUUUAUUUUCUGGCUUCCUCUGCAAUGUUUCUCUGACAUUCUUUAUAGAAUUCAACCAUUGACUUUUUGAGGUGCAGAAUUGAUCUAUACAAACGUGAGGCAGGUUGAUCAAUUUUAUAGAAUGUUUCCGGUCGUAAAAAUUGCCUGAGAACGCUGUCUGUGAAACGGAGAGACCCGCAUUCCUGUAUGCACACUAUACGUAGAACUGGAGUGUCGGAAAAACAUUUUUAGCUUGUAAAUAUAUAUAGUACGGUAUUUACACUAUUGAAUGUGUGCCACUACAAAGUGAUGGAUAAUGCUGUGCAGCAUUGACAUUAAGCAGAUGUUUAUGGCGGUUCAGAAAUGUACUGCUUGAUAUUUGAAUUUUAUUUUUAAGUUGUAUAAUUUAUUUUGCUUCCAACUAAAAAUAAAUUGAUUUAAAGUUUA